AUGCUGUGUCGACAACGCCUGUCACGACAACUUGUCGUGAGGGGCCCCUCUAGUUUUGCAUCGAGGCUCCGACCCUCUUUAGCAUCACGUCAUUACUCAAUAAAUAAUACUAGUAACUCGAUCGACUCCACGAUCGCACGUCCAAGACAAACGAUAGCCUCGAGACAUAACGCUUUACUGAGGACAACCUUUUCUACCUCGUCCAUUGCUAGGAAAGAUAAAAAGGACAAUGGCUUUUUCGAUGGGUCUGUAGAGCCGUUGUCAGAAGAAGAGGCGAAGGCGAAUUCAGAGAAAAAGACGGAGGAAUCAAAAGAUGAAGUGAGCGAAGCUAAAAGUUCCAAUGCAGACUCGCCACCGUCUGGCAAGAACCAAGGUAGUCAAAGUGAAUCGCAGGAUGGCAAGGCAAGCAGCGCAGCGGGGGGCGCAUCGUCCGGGUCUGGUGGUGAUGCGCCUGGAGACGGAGGUCGAAGAGGUCGAAGGUCGGGAGCCGACAAAGCUUUACAGAAACCCGUCGUACCCGACGUAUAUCCCCAAGUUAUGGCCAUACCAAUAGCGAAGCGACCUCUAUUCCCAGGUUUCUAUAAGGCGAUCACGAUUAAGGAUCCGAAUGUCUCUGCUGCAAUAAUGGAAAUGAUCAAGCGAGGUCAACCUUACGUUGGCGCAUUCUUAUUUAAAGAUGAGAACGCCGACGAGGAUGUAAUUAGGGACCCGUCUGAUGUCUACGAUACUGGUGUUUUUGCGCAGGUCACGAGCGCCUUCCCGGUACACGGAGAACAAAAUAGCCUCACGGCUAUCUUAUACCCUCAUCGCCGAAUAAAGCUAUCUACUCUCAUACCCCCCAGUACUAGUGAGCCUAAGAAGGCUGAUCCUGAAACUGAACCUACACCUGAACCAAUACCGCCUAAAACAGAAGAAGAACCACAGCAAGAAAAGAAGGGCGAUGUAGUCGCCAGCUUCGAGGAGAGUGCUGUCACCCCGAAAUCUGAUUCUGCGACGGAGAAAUAUGAACCAACAUCAUUCCUACGAAAGUAUCCAGUCAGCCUUGUAAACGUGGAGAACCUAUCUGAAGAGCCGUUUGAUCCAAAAAGCCCUGUCAUCCGAGCGGUGACAAACGAAAUCGUGAAUGUCUUCAAGGAAGUCGCUUCAAUGAACAGCUUAUUUAGGGAUCAAAUAUCGACUUUCUCCAUGAGUCAAUCGACAGGAAAUGUUAUGGCAGAACCGGCAAAGUUAGCUGAUUUUGCUGCGGCGGUAUCUGCUGGGGAGCCCGCAGAACUACAGGAGGUCCUUGCUAGCCUCAACGUCGAGGAACGAAUGCAAAAGGCUUUAGUCGUACUGAAGAAAGAACUGAUGAAUGCCCAGCUUCAAUCAAAGAUCACUAAGGAUGUAGAACAGAAGAUUACGAAGCGACAACGGGAAUACUGGCUAAUGGAACAGAUGAAAGGAAUUCGCCGUGAACUAGGUAUCGAGUCCGAUGGUAAGGAUAAACUGGUAGAGAAGUUCAAGGAGAAGGCCGACAAGCUAGCGAUGCCCGAAGGCGUUCGGAAAGUGUUUGACGACGAAAUUAACAAGCUCGCCCAUCUCGAACCUGCCGCCUCUGAAUUCAACGUAACGAGGAACUAUUUGGACUGGUUGACACAGAUCCCCUGGGGACAACGGAGCGCAGAAAAUUUCGGAAUUCAGAAUGCGAUGAAAGUACUAGAUGAGGAUCAUUACGGCUUGAAAGACGUCAAGGAUCGUAUCCUAGAGUUCAUCGCAGUUGGUAAGCUCCGAGGCACUGUCGAGGGUAAGAUCUUAUGUUUCGUGGGACCUCCUGGCGUUGGCAAGACCAGCAUAGGCAAGUCAAUUGCCAGGGCUCUGAACCGACAGUACUACAGAUUCAGCGUGGGAGGCCUCACAGAUGUGGCUGAAAUAAAAGGUCAUCGGCGGACUUAUGUUGGUGCACUACCUGGACGAGUCAUUCAAGCCUUAAAGAAGUGUCAAACUGAGAAUCCUCUGAUAUUAAUUGAUGAGAUUGACAAAAUUGGCCGGGGUUAUCAAGGCGACCCUUCGUCAGCUCUACUGGAACUACUCGAUCCAGAACAGAAUAGUUCUUUCCUAGACCACUAUAUGGAUGUUCCCGUCGAUCUUUCCAAAGUCUUGUUUGUCUGCACAGCAAAUAUGACCGACACUAUUCCGAGACCUCUACUAGACCGUAUGGAAGUCAUCAGGCUCUCAGGGUACGUCUCGGACGAGAAAAGAGCGAUUGCGGACCGAUACCUAGCACCUGCAGCUAAGGAACUAGCCGGGUUGAAGGGUGCAGACGUUGCUCUAACAGAUGAUGCUAUCGACGAGUUGAUUAAGUCGUACUGCCGUGAGUCGGGUGUUCGGAACUUAAAAAAACAGAUCGAGAAGGUCUACCGAAAGUCGGCCCUGAAGAUCGUCCAAGAACUCGGGGAGGAUGUUCUUCCUGAGGCAGCGGCCCUGACAGAAGAUGGGAAAGCCGCUCUAGAAGAAUCAGAAAAGGAAAAGGGGAAAGAAAACCACGAUCCUACUUCUCCUGAAGCCUCUGAAAAAGAAACGACAGAGAAGCCUCGCGUACCAUUAAGCGUGCCUGACUCAGUUCAUGUCGAGAUCAACAAGGACAACCUCAAGGACUAUGUCGGUCCUCCGAUAUUCACCUCUGAUCGUCUAUAUGAUGUGACGCCACCUGGUGUUGCGAUGGGUCUUGCAUGGACCCAGCUAGGCGGUUCUGCGAUGUACAUAGAAUCCAUUCUCCAGUCUGCAUUAAGACCUAGUAGUCGUGCAGGGUUGGAAAUCACGGGUAACCUAAAGACCGUGAUGAAAGAGUCCUCUACAAUUGCUUAUUCUUUCGCUAAGGCGUAUAUGGCGAAGGAAUUUCCGGAUAACCAUUUCUAUGACAAGGCUAAGAUUCACUUGCACGUGCCUGAAGGGGCAGUGCAAAAGGACGGACCAUCGGCCGGCGUGACCAUGGCGACAUCGCUCUUAUCAUUGGCAUUGGAGACGCCUGUCGACCCCACGAUCGCUAUGACCGGGGAGCUCACAUUGACUGGAAAGGUACUCAGGAUCGGGGGCCUGCGGGAGAAGACGGUUGCGGCGAGGCGGGCUGGUUGCAAGAUGAUCAUUUUCCCAGACGACAAUAUAUCCGACUGGCUAGAACUUCCAGAGAACAUCAAGGAGGGUCUCGAGGGCCGUCCAGCCAGCUGGUACGGCGAGAUUUUCGAGCUCGUCUUCCCCAACCUAGACAGGGAACAAGCGAAUCGAUGCAAGAUCUGCGAAUGGAAAAAGGAGCACGACGCUAAAUCCGAUAGCGACAAGGACGAAUAG